AAGACUUCCGAUGCGAGAUCUGGAGUGCGGAGUUCCAGGAUCUGAUACUGAUACCUUGUCUUGGAAGGAAGGCUGUGCGAGAAAGCUUAACUACUGGACCACAGACAGGGUCUUGGACGCUCAAGCGAGAACGCCUCAUCGCCUCGUAUUCUUCGACUCACACAGUCACCAGGCAGCAUCACCAUGGCACCCGCCUAAGCUGAACCCAGGAGACGGACAGAGUUACGCCAUGAUGACCCGGUGGACGUUCCAGACACGUGUGAUCUGACACACUCUUCGUUAUUGAGUCGUGGUCACUUGAGUGCUCCAUCACACGGCCCGCCCGCCCGACCAUCCGGAGAGAAACGGGAAAUGAUACCUCGGAGCUGUCGCGCUGAGCAACGGUUCAAUACGCGUAUUCCUUGCCCAAUCCGAACCCGACAGUUCUCACCAUACCGAAAC